CGCUCUUAAACCGUAGGACGCCUGUUUCCGCACGAUGUUGUCUCGUCGUUUCUCGUGAUGUUUUGUGCUCACUGAACACAUUCAAGGAGUUGAAGUCACUUUUGGAAUAGAAACUGAAGCAAGGAGUGAUGGAGACAGCUGUGGAGGAUGCUGCUGUCAAGGCAAAAGACGUGGCUGUAAAAGGUGAAGCUGCCAUCAAAUCAGAAUUUUUGACAACCAAAGAAAAGUUUCAUGGGUUUAUAGACUCAGAGGGACAAGGAUCAAAAACAGAUGAGGCCAGUGAAAAUGAUGGAGAAGUCAAUGAAUCAUCUGUGGAAGAACCAGAACAUAAAAAGCUAAAAUUGGACCUUGAAGAUGGAAAAGACACAGGGAAGCCGGAUGGCAAACGCCUCCGAGGGCAGAAUAAGUCAAGGCCACACACAAAACCAACCAUCUAUGAUGAAAAACGGUUGUGUUUGUCUGUUCUUCAGGACAACAGGGAAUGCUCCUACGGAGACAGAUGCAAGUUUCACCAUGAUGUUGCGAAGUACAUGGCUUCCAAACCGCCUGACAUUGGGGAGAGCUGCUACCUCUAUGAAACCUUUGGGAAGUGUGGGUACGGCCUGUCCUGCCGCUUUGCCAAAGCACACACUACGCCCGACUUCAAAACCCUGGAAAAGACUGAUCUGGUGAAAGCUCGUGAAGGCAGGACUGCGGUGAAGAACAGCUUGAGCAAAGACCUCCAGUAUCGUCUGCGGAAGCGAGACGUGGCCUUCAGCAAGUCAGCGGAGUAUCUGAAGAUGCUGUCAGACAGCAAAAACAAAAAGGAGCAGCAAGGGAACGGUGUUGCCCUGGCAGCUGAGGUACCUGCAGAUCUUACAGGAGAGAAGCAAACUGUGCCCACUGAAGCACAGGCCAGCGUAGAUAAACAGCCUCCAGUGAAGACAGUCGGUCCUCUGACUGAUGUCGAUGUCAUUAAGUUGCGUUCAUGUGAGAAGAAGCAGGUGAACUUCAACGACAAGCUUUACCUCGCUCCUCUUACAACUUGUGGAAAUCUGCCUUUCCGUCGUAUCUGCAAGCGCUUUGGUGCAGACAUCACCUGCGGGGAGAUGGCCAUGUGCACUAAUCUCCUGCAGGGGCAGCAGUCAGAGUGGGCCCUCCUCAAGAGGCACGAAAGCGAGGAUCUCUUCGGUGUCCAGGUCGAGGGCUGUUUCCCUGACACCAUGACUCGGUGUGCAGAGCUGAUCAAUAACAACAUCGAAGUUGAUUUUGUGGACAUCAACUCUGGAUGCCCCAUUGAUCUCGUUUACAAGAAGGGCGGAGGCUGCGGUUUGAUGAUGCGCACCAGAAAGUUUGAGCAGAUAAUCAAGGGAAUGAACUACGUGCUUGACGUCCCUUUAACCGUCAAGAUUCGCACCGGUGUGCAGGAGAAAUCCAACAUAGCACAUAAACUGAUCCCAGAGAUGAAGGAUUGGGGCGUUUCCUUGAUUACACUGCACGGCCGAUCCAGGGAGCAGCGCUACACUAAGCUGGCUGACUGGGACUACAUCAGCACAUGUGCCAGCCUGGCGAGUCCUGUCCCCCUGUUUGGUAACGGAGACAUUCUGUCUUACGAAGAUGCCAUGAAGGCGAGAGAGACCGGAGUUUCUGGCAUCAUGAUUGCCAGGGGGGCUCUCAUUAAGCCCUGGAUAUUCACCGAGAUCAAGGAGAGCCGGCACUGGGACAUCUCAUCCAACGAGCGACUUGACAUCCUCAGAGAUUUCUCCAACUUCGGUCUGGAGCACUGGGGCUCGGACACUCGAGGCGUGGAGAAAACCCGGAACUUCAUGCUGGAGUGGCUCUCCUUCAUGUGCAGAUACAUUCCUGUGGGCGUCUUGGAGCGAGUUCCUCAGAAGAUCAAUGAGAGACCUCCCUACUACAUGGGCAGGAACUACCUGGAGUCGUUGAUGGCCAGUCAGAAUGUCGGAGACUGGGUCAAAAUCAGCGAAAUGCUGCUUGGCCCCGUACCGAAGAACUUCAACUUCUUGCCCAAGCAUAAAGCCAACGCCUACAAGUGACCCCCACCCCCACCCCCACUCCGCCCCCAUCCCCCAUUCCCCCAAAAAAUCUAGGUUUUUGAGUUUGAAUCAUGCCUACUUUGUAAAAGCAAGUAAUAUUUUUGUUUGAAGUGACAAAGGCUACUGAAUAGUCUAUUUGUUUUACAUAUGACCCAGCAGAUGGAUAAAUGGAUAUUUGUGUACUUCAGUUAUAUGCAAUAAAAAUUUUGCUGCUAA